AUGGAAGGGGGGAAGACGCCCGCCCCGGCGGCUGCGACGGAGGAGGAGGCGGUGACGGUGACGGGGACUUCCGCCCGGGGAGCCACAGCGGAGGUAGCAGCGGCGGCGGAGGUAGAAGUGCCUGCUCCGGAGGCCGUGACGGGGGCGGGGACGCCUGCCCUGACAGCCGCGACAGAGGGCGAGGUGGCCACAGGAACACCUCCUCCGGCACCUGCGUCGGAGGCGGUGGCGCCGACGGGCGGGCCCGCGGCGGCCUCGACGGGGAUGGGGAGACCCCUCUUUACGUUGGACGACGCCACGGAAUGGGGAAAGUGGCAGGCGCUGCUGGGCGGACUCGUUAACAUCCGCGUGGCUCUGUCUUCGGCGUUGGGGGAGCUGGACGGCGUCGUCUUCCCCGGUGGCCAGGUAUGGUCGCCGCCGCCCAGCAGGUCAUCGACGACCUGCGGAGGCGCGAACACGCGGCAGGCGGAGGCCAAGUUCCAGGUCAUCGCUGAGAGGGCUCGCUGUGAUCGCGAGGAGUUCCAAGCAGCUACCGAAAAGGCCCAUCACAACGCCGAGGAGCUCGCGCGGCUGAAGGGGGAGCAUGAGGCCCUUCAGAAGACCAUCGAGCGCAUCCGGCGCGAGCAGCAGAAGGCCUGGCAGGACCGGGACGCCGAGAAGGUCCGGAAGGAGGAGGCCGAGAAGGUGGUGGCCAACCUUGGGGCAGAGGUUAGCCAGCUCCAAGUGCAAGCGCGGGAGCUUCAGGCCUCCGUGGCCCAGGGGCUCGACCGGGAGCGCCAGCUGAAGGCCCAAUCCAAAGGCGAGCUCUCCCGGCUGAGGGAGUUGCUUGACGUGGAGCGCGGUGAACACGGCGACCUGCGGGAUGCUGUUCGCGUCGUCUGCGACGGCCUCGGCGUGGUCCAGGGGGAGGGGACGAGUUCGCUGGUGACUUGCGUCCUUGGGACGUACCGCCGGGCCCGCGAAAUUGCCGUGGUAGCGCUCCACACCGGCGUGAGGCGAGCCUUCGGGGUCUUCGGCUCCCACUGCUCUGGCAUCAACUUCGCCGGGAUGAGCGGGGGGUACGCCGCCGGCUACUCCAAGGCUGAGCUGGACAAGAUCGACGCGUCGGUGCUCAACCCGGCGGAGGCCUUGGUGAAGCUCCUGGAGGAUGAAGCCAUCCCUCCCGAAGAUCCCCGAACGAGUUAACUGUAUCGGGCUGGCGCCCAAGAUGUAAAUACGUUAAUGUCAGACUUAUUUUGUGGUGGCCACAGGGGCUUUUUCUA